ACCUCUGAAGAAUUAGUAUCAAUAUACAAAAUCAUAUCACAAAUAUCUUCUCUGUUUCUCGCCUUCAUGUCACGGUACCAGUUUGUACGGAUUCCCGGAGAUUUAAUUAAUUAGGAUACUUUCAAAUAAGAAAGAUCACUUGCGCAAGUCCAUUUUUUUUAGUUCUUAUUCGUCUCCACUCGUACUGUAGCGAAAUUCGCUUGUCUAUUCUCCGACAUGUCGGACAAUAAAAAAGAAAAUAAGGAUCAGGAUAAACCAUUCGUGGCAAAAAGUGCAGUUGAUCUUCAAAGAUUGAAGCUCAUGAAACUUAUGAAAAAUCCUGAGAAGCCAGUUUUAUUGCCAGAGCGUCCAAAGUCGAAGAAUACACCGAGCGUCCCGGAAUUCGUGAGGAAUGUUAUGGGAAGCAGUGCCGGCGCCGGCAGCGGCGAAUUUCACGUCUACAGGCAUCUUCGUCGUAAGGAAUAUUCACGACAAAAAUUUAUACAAGAAAAGGGUCGAAAGGAACUCAUGGAUGAGGAGUACCACAGGAAAUUAGAAGAAAAUAAAAGAAAAUGUGAGGAAUUGACAGCAAAGAGACGUGCAAAGAGGCUGAAGAAGAAACAGAAGUCUAAGCAGAAAAAGAAGCUCAAACCAGAGGACAAAUCGAAAGAUGUUCAAAGUAACCAGAAUGAACAGACUGAUACAGAGGAAGACUCUGAAGAUGAAAGAAAAGAUACGGAAGAUGAAAAGGAUGACUCAAAUACAGUAACAAAAGAUUGUAGUGAGAAAAAAGUAGAUGACAAUGAUAAAAGUAAUGAACUCAAUACUGAUGAGACAGAAGCAUCAAAAUCUAAUACCGAAGAAGUCUGUGAUAAUGAAAGUAAAAAAAUUGAUAACGAAGGUGAAAGUAAUGAUGACACGUGAUAGCAUAUAAAAUCUUUUCAUAUAAUUACAAUUACUAUACAUUUAAAAAGCAUCAACGCUACAUUGACAUGUACGAGUACUCAAGAUUGCUAUACAUUGUGAAUUUAGUGAAGAAACAUAUUUAUAUGAUAAACGUGAGUAAAAUUAUUAUAACAA